CAUCGUGGACAACCGACGACGUUGUUUUGUUGAGUCUUGCACAUGUGCGAUCGUCGAAUUUAAAUUUUCUCCGGUUUUUCAAGGAUUUUGUUAAGAUUCUGUUAAUGUCGUAGCUUGAUUACAGUGCAAAAUAUCCACACCCAGAAUGGCCGACGACGGAAACUUUGCGGAAAAGCAGAAAACGCACAAGAAGCGGCAUGCCGGAGUUAAAGCGGACAAGAAAAAGGCCAAAAACAAGCCCACGGACAAGGGCAAGAAUGUGAAGGCGUUCGCGAUAACGAAGGCGCGCAGCGCGGAGAAGCGGUUCCGCCGGAAGGAGGACAUUCUGACCAAGAAGCAGCACAUUCCGCUGGUGGACAAAACGCCGGAGGAACCUCCGCCGGUGUUGAUUGCGGUGGUGGGGCCGCCGAAGGUGGGCAAGUCCACGUUGAUUAACAACUUGAUUAAGAACUUCACGCGGACGAACGUUACGAGCGUGAAUGGGCCGAUUACGAUAAUUACGUCGAAGAAGCGGCGGAUUACGUUGAUCGAGUGUAACAACGAUAUCAACAGUAUGAUUGACGUGGCCAAGUGUGCCGAUUUGGUGCUGCUGAUGGUGGACGCCAGCUUUGGGUUUGAGAUGGAGAUUUUCGAGUUUUUGAACAUUUGCCAGGUGCACGGAAUGCCGAAGAUUAUGGGCGUGCUGACCCAUUUGGACACGAUCAAGAGCGCCAAGGCGGUUAAGAUGCAGAAGAAGGUGUUGAAACAUCGGUUUUGGACGGAGGUUUAUGACGGGGCGAAGCUGUUUUACCUGUCGGGGUUGAUCCACGGGGAAUAUCUGCGGAACGAGAUUACGAACCUGGGUCGGUUCAUUUCGGUGAUGAAGUUCCGUCCGCUGAACUGGCGUGGUGCCCACAGUUACGUGCUGGCGGAUCGCAUGGAGGACAUUACGAACUCGGAACAGGUUCGGCUGAAUCCGAAGUGUGACCGGGACGUGGUUCUGUACGGGUACGUGCGCGGGGUUCCGUUGAAGAAGGAGAACAUGGUGCAUAUUGCUGGGUUGGGCGAUAUGCGGAUUGAGGAGUUGAACGGACUGCCGGAUCCGUGUCCGCUGCCGUCGGGGGAGAAGAAGCGGAAUUUGCUGGAGAAGGAGCGAUUGUUGUACGCGCCGAUGUCCGGAGUUGGUGGGAUUGUGUACGAUAAGGACGCGGUUUACAUUGAGUUGCAGGGUUCGCACAGCCACAAGAGUAACGCGCAGAGCGAGCAGCAGGAGCUGGUCAAGUCCGUGAUCGACAAGAAGGAAACGCUGGAUGUGCAGAUUGAGAACCAGGAGUUCCGGCUGUUUAGCGAUGGCGAUGUGAUCAAGUCGGGCGAGUUCCAGGUUGAGGACGGACAGGAGGACAGCGAAGAUGAUGAUGAUGAUGAAGACGGGGAACCGGAUUCCGGCAUGGAAGAUUCAGAGGACGAGAGCAGCAUGGUGCGAACGACUGCUCGCCGCGGUUGGAACCCGGAUGAUGAAGAUCAGGAGGAACAAUCCGACGACGGCGACGGAAGUGACGCCGACGAGCUGAGCAUCAAAAAGUCCUCCAGCGGGUUUCUCUCUUCGGAUGACGAGGACGACGACUCCAAUGAGGAUGGCAACAACACAGCAGUGCAAAAGAGUUCCCUCGCGUGGAAGGAAGGUCUCGCGUCCAAGGCCCGCAGCGAUUAUCUGGAACGGCAGUCCUCGAACAAGAACCUAAUGAAGCUGGUCUACGGCGCAUUCAGCAAGUUUGCCAAGAAGAAGGAAGCAGCCGAGGAGGAGAACGAAGAAGAGGACGAGUUGCUCGGAGGUCUGUUCAAGAGCUUGGCGCAGAAGCAGGCGGACCUGCAGAAGAAGAAGACCAUUCAGGACGUUGACGAAGGGUGCUUCUUCGAGGAGUACGGCGAUGGAGUGCGGGAUUGGACGGAGGAGGAGAACAAACGGUUGAUUCGGAACUGCUUCGUUACGGGCAAGUGGAAGGCGUCGGAGGACGCGGAAGAGCUGCUGAAGCUGGACGACAUGAGCGAUGGCGAUAGCGAGGUGUUUGGAGAUUUUGAAGAUUUGGAGACCGGUGAGAAGCACGAGGGAAAGGCGGAGGAGAAGGAAGAGGGUGAAUCGAAAGAAGAUGAUAAUUCUAAGAAGCGAAAGUUGUCACGGAUUGAGGAGAAGAACAUGUCUCGGACGGAGUUGAUGGCCAAGAAAAUGAAGUUGAAGGCCAAGUUUGAUUCCGAAUACGACAAUCCGGAAAAGGACGAUCAACACAUCGAGGGAGACCACAAAUACUACGAAAAGUUGAAGGCUGACGCGCUUCGACAGUCGGAGUUGAACAAGAAAGAGUUUUCCAACCUGGACGAGGACAUUCGGCUGAACAUCGAAGGUUACCGUGCGGGACUGUACGUUCGGAUGAACUUCACCAACGUUCCGUACGAAUUCGUUGAGCACUUUGAUCCCGCCUUCCCGGUUCUAAUCGGUGGCCUCAACAUGGCCGAGGAGAACGUCGGAUUCGUCAGCUGCAAGGUCAAGAAGCAUCGAUGGUACAAGAAGAUCCUAAAAGCUGGAGAUCCGCUCAUCAUCUCCCUCGGCUGGCGCCGCUUCCAAACCAUCCCGAUCUUUGCCAAGGUCGAGGACGACUUAAAGCACCGCUACCUCAAGUACACUCCCAACCACGUGACUUGCAGCAUGACCUUCUGGGGACCAAUCACGCCCCAAAACACCGGCGUGCUCGCCAUCCAAUCGAUCGCGUACGACCCGCAAGAAACGAAACGCCUGGGCUUCCGAGUGGCCGCCACCGGCGCCGUCAGCGAAAGUGACAAAUCCGCCCAGAUCAUGAAGAAGCUCAAACUGAUCGGAACGCCGUACAAAAUCUACAACAAAACCGCCUUCAUCCAGGGAAUGUUCAACUCCACCCUCGAAGUGGCCAAAUUCGAAGGAGCCAAAAUCAAAACCGUGUCCGGGAUCCGGGGACAAAUAAAAAAAGCCGUCCCCCCAGACGGUUCCUUCCGUGCCACCUUCGAAGACCGCAUCGUCCUCUCCGACAUCGUCUUCUGCCGGACCUGGUUCAAAGUCACCGUGCCCAACUUUUACGCCCCCGUCACGAACCUGCUCCUCCCCCCACAAAAGAAGGCCAAAUGGGUCGGCAUGAAAACGCUCGGCCAGCUCAAAAAGGACAAGGACAUCCACUUCGAGGCCGUCCCCGACAGCUCGUACAAACCGAUCGUACGCGAAGACCUCCAGUUCCGCCCGCUCGUCAUCCCCAAAAACCUCCAGAAAGCGCUUCCCUACAAGGACAAACCCAAACACGCCCCCCAAAAGUCCAAGACCAAAUCCCUGCAAGAUGAACGGAUCGCCGUGGUCCACUCGCCGCACGAGCAAAAGGUCGCCAAGAUGAUGAAGAUGAUCCGGACCAACUACGAGGCCGGGGAGGAGCGGCGCAAGGCGCAGGCCAAGCAAAAGUCAGAGAAAUACAAGAAGCAAAAGACGAACGAGAACUUCCGCAAGUUGCAGCGCCAGAAGGAGCUCAAGAAGAAGGUGUUCAAGGCCAUCAGCAAGAUGGAGGCGAAACACCAGAGCAAGGCGGCCAAGGGAAAUGAUUAGAGGAAGUAGGUUUUUUUUUCGUAAUACAGUUUCAGUGCCUGUCAAA